AUGAAGAUUCUUUUUUCAACAUCGAGAAAAAGAUAUAGUUUUGAAAAAAAAGAAACUAUUAAGGAUAUAGAUUUUUUAUCUUAUAACAGUAUAAUUUUUCCUUCCAAGCAAAUUUACGUCAACACAAAUUUGAAGUGUACAAAAAAUUCUUCAAACUUUUAUGAAGCAUCAAAUAAUUUAAAAAUGAGUAUGUCACACGAAAAUAUAUAUGAUAAUACAGGUAUGAAUUCUGAGGGUUAUGAAAAUCACCCACAAUAUUAUAAUGAUGAUAAUUGCCAACAAUAUCAAGAUAACCAAUAUAGAUUAUUAGAAAGUUCUAAUUCAAAUGCUAUGAACCAACCAUUAAUAUGUGUAAAUGGUAAUGAGUAUGGACCUGAAAUGCAAAAUGGAAUUGACCCAGGUGUUUUAGCUGUUUCAAAUGCUUUAUUUGCUUAUAACAAUGCUUUCCAAUGUAUACCUAUUAAAACUUCUCCUAAAGUAUUUAGAAGAAGAGUAAAGGGUGAAGCUAACUCAGAAUGGAGUAAUGCAUUUAUUACUAGAGUAGAUCCAUGUGAAUGUACUGACUUUGAAGAACAAUUCAAACCAUAUGAAGUUACUAAAUAUUAUGACGAAGGACAAGUUAAAACCGUUUUUAAUUUUGAUCAAGAAUGCCCUAGAGAUAGUAUGUAA